AUGCGCCUAGAUCUGGACUCUCUGGACAUCGUCUUCACCUUCGUGGAUGACUUACAGACGCUUCUUUCAUGUUCAUUGACUUGCCACGCCUUUCGCGAGAUUUCUGCCAAGAAAGUCCUUGCUGUGCGGGCCGUCGACCUCCGCGAUGAACGCUCCAUCCGCGCUUUCCACGCCUUUCUCUUCGCCGACACAUCCGCACGGGCUCCAUACGUCCGUAUCAUCAACCUUUCGAUUGAAGACGUCGACGACGAGAGCUAUGUGGCUGUGGCGCGGCUGGUGGUCGAUAUUUUCAAGCACGCGCUAUACCUCGAGAGGCUCUAUAUACCUUUCGGAGAAGAGACCUUCGCGUGUCUUGGGAAUCCGGAUGUACACAAGACAAUCGGGAAACUGACCCGUCUCCAGGAGCUCUCUAUCCCACUAUGGUCUGGCUACACGGAGCAAAUCCUCCUGACCAUCCGGUCGCCACUGAAAAUCCUCCGCGUAUCCCUUAAACAGAUCUGGACGUCGGAGCGCAUGACAUGGAUCACCCCUACUCGUCUACAUGAAGUCAUCGGGGCCUUUUCACAAACACUCGAGUCGCUUGGUGUGACAGAGCGGGCGAUCAAAUUCGACCCGGACUCGAAGGGACCGCAGUAUCUCGCGGUGAAAAGUGUCGAGUUUUUCGGGACGAGGGGCCCGCCAUGGAUAGACGUCCUGGUGCACAUGUUUCCGAACCUCCGCCUGACGCUCGAUCUAGGCGAUGGCGACCAUCUUCUGGUGGACGACGACCCCGAGCAGCAGCGCGUCCGUCUCGUCAACAAGGGGGAACAGGCGCGCGGUGUACGUUGGGAGAGGAUGGGCACCGUCAUCGGGGACACACUCACCCUGUUCAUGCUCGGACUGACAUGCCCAAUCGACACGCUUAUGGUCAACUCCUCCUGCGCGCACCUGAAGGACCGGCUGGUGGCGGUCUUGCGCGACUCUCUGCCGACACAUCUGAAGCUGACGCUUAUUCUCAGCCACGGAGUGGGCGCGUUCGAGGAGACCUUCCCGGUCGAGGUUGUUCCACGGCUCACGCACCUCGUGCUAUUCGUGAUGUACGAAAACUUGGACGAAGACGACCGCAUCGACCCGUUCACGCUGUCAGCCAUCCAGUGGGCGGCCUUUCUCGACUUGGUGAUCGGUGCCAUCCAGAAUCUCAACAUCACCCAUCUACGGCUUGUCAUCUACUACAACAUCGACCUCGUAGACGAGAACGCGCCCGCGUAUUCGAAGGGGUUCGUCCGCAGCUUACGCGAGCACAACCCGUCUUCCGUCGCCGCAGCACUGAUGGAGGCCGUCCCGACCCUGCGCUACGUCUUCCUGACCUUCGGUGGCCAGUACGAAGUCAGCGUGCAGCAGUACGACGAGGAGGUCAAGGAGGAUCGCACUGUGAUCGGGUUGAGGGGCCACUGGAUGGCGUCGUCUGGCUGGGCGAGUGUCGAAGGCGAAGGUGCCGAGCUUGGAAGCAAGGCGCGGACGGGUUCCCGGCCCUUCAAAAAACUGGGGGACGAGGUCGCCGAAAAGGCGGUAGAGGACGAAGGGCUACUCGUGUCACGAGAAGACGAAUGGAUGAUGGAAAUGCACCACGAAUGGAGUAUCGAAGAGACUGCAGACUGGGAACCGUCGGCUUGGGACUUGGAGUGA